UUCGUGUAAACAUUUGCUUGCGUUUUUGUUUUACAGUUCGGUAGAGCCUUCUAUGGAAUUUCAUCUAUAAAUGAAUCGACGAAAUGCCGAAUACCUCAAGGAAGUCGGAUUCCACACUGAGCAAUAGCUCGUCUCCACGAAGAACGCGAAAGCGCCGUCGCGUUGACCGCAAGAGCCCAAACUCGCAGUUGGACGAGGAUGCGAAAGAGAUAGAUCGCCGGUUGCGGAAAGUGGCCAAAGAAAACUCCAUCAGCACUGAAGACAUGCAAAAGGUGGUCCGGAAAGUGGUACGCAACGAUCAUGUCCUGGCAUUGGUUACCCUAAAGGCGGAGGAUGAGCUGGCGCGUGAAAGGCUUGAGUCUGUGGAACAGCAGAAACGGAGUGCCAUAAUCAUUACGGACACUCCAUCUGUGCCCAAACUCACCAGAGCCAAAGCACGGGAGCUAAACUGCACUCCUGGCAUUUCGCUACCCCAGCUCAACGAAACUCUCACAGACAAUAACAACAUAGAAGCUUUAAUAAGGGCAGACUUUCACUCCGAUGAGGAGGACGAGGAGUACACCUUUAAGGAAGAGGAUUUUCAAUCUGAUGAUGAUCCCAGCAACGCAGCGUCGGAUUUUGACUCCAGUCCCUGCACUCCUCAAACUCCGCUUACGGCGAAUGAAGAAUCUCCUGUAAAAUUCUCUGAAGACGGCUGCUUCAAGGUGCCAUUCGAAAAGAACUCCCUUGACAUAGAGGACUUGCGUAUUGCGACACGAACCCGCUCCAAAUUCUGUCUGCAACAGACUACCAUCGAAGAUUUGCAAUCGGAAUUUGUACCGCCUGAUGUCGAACCUAGUGAUGUGGUGGAGAACGAUAUGACCGCUACCGAUGCGGACUGGAUGCAGUUUCUCAAUGACUUCACAAAGCCACUAAACAACACAAUUCUGGGAGACGAUGAUGACCCUAUUAAUGAUCCAGAAUAUGUAGCCGCGGAUCACUUGGAAUCGGAAUAUGAGAAUGCCGAGGAGCGGCGUGAUGUCAACAUAUCGAAAAAGGAGUUAACUGACCUUGUUUCUGAACUAUUUGCUGGCUUGCUGCAGGAGGGAGUAUCUCUGGAAUCUAUUGAAUUGGAAACUCCUCAGAAAUUUAUUGAAAGUGCCCAUGUAUCUAUGGCUCCCAUUGAUCAAGUUACCCGAAAUAUCGAUUUCGAUGAUCAGGCCGUGCUAAACGCCAAUCAACAAGAUCUGCAGGUUUAUCAACCAAGCGCAAUACCCACUCCGUGUGAGGGGAACAAUAUGGGCGUGGUGAUGCCCGUCCCCGUUGCUGUGGUGCAGGAAAAUGGUACCGGAGGAUCACCCUGCAAGGUGGUUAACAUUCAGUCCGAUGCUUUGAGUGUUCCUCCCGAACUUAUAGCUGUUCCUAUACCUGGACAACCAAACUGCUUCCAACUGGCUAAAGUUGUAGCCAAUAAUUCAACUUUGAUUAAUGAAUCCUUCCAGAAUGUGUCUAAUGUAGAGCCACUUCAAGCUCCCGGGGCGCCGAAAAACAAUGCAGAUCGCUACAAAAAACCGUUUGAUACAAACUUCACCUGGGAAUAUAUAUCGGUAAAGAAACAUAUUUACUCGGAGUAUGAGGACCAAUUCGAAAACCUGCGAAACGUGAAGCCAGUUUACAACAGUCACCUUGCUAGGAGCAAGGGAUUCACCCAAUCCCAACAUGACAUGCUUCAGCAGCAGCUUCGCAUUCAUACACAGUUGCUUAGUCAAAGUUAUCUACAAACCUACUCUCAUCCCACGUUGUAUCCCAUGGCCAAGAAACCCAGGGAAAUGCUGGAAGAACUUCACAAAAAGGCAACCAAAGAUGCCAGCUUUAAUUGCUGGAAUCUAAAUGAGGCUGUCCAGCUGGUCAGACAGUGGGAGCACGAUCUGUGCAGUGAUAAGUUUAAGGAGGAGAACGAGAAGAUGAUGGAGUUUAUCAACAAAGAAACGGAUUUGACUGAUGGCCACACGCGGCAGGUUCCUAGGCUAGCGCCUCGUAUUAUGGAUCUGAUGCUUGAUAGUCGCGUGUUUAUGUAUCCACAGUACCUUCCUCGCAUGGCUUUUCAACCAAAACUAACACAAGUCACUGCUUAUGCGCCAUCCGAGUAUCAGCUAAUAGCCAUUGGUCUGGAAAAGCAUAUGACGGAAAUUCAGACUGCCAAAAGACCUCUACGCAAAGGUGCAGAUCCUAUUCGUGUUGCGUGUAAGCGAAUGGCCAAGGACACGAUUUAUGGCAAGACGGCACGUCGGAUUUUCAUGAAGAUCGCUGAGCUUCGCGACUCGGAGCAGUACAAUCCAGUGAAGUACUUCCUUGACCGUGAGCGAGCACCGCCCCCAAACCAUAUUCUUUGGGGCUUCGAGGGUGGAGUAGUGAGAACUCCCCGAGAACGCCACUACGAGCUUCCCAGUGGAUGGCAAUACUACAUUGAGAAAACUUGGGAACAAAAACGCACCCGCCGAAACUUUAAAGCCCUAAAAGCGUCAUCUGAAGCCAGUGUUUCGUAUUUGGAGUUUGUACGCGAAGCGAUCGGAGAGGAUUUGCUGCUGCCGGAGAGUUUUGGUCAGGCUGCAGUCCCUGAUGGCAGUGCUGCUGGUUCGGAACCGCCCAAGGAUUGCAAUUUAAGAAAAAAGCAACCUCAGAGGAAGCCCCGUGUAGCAGAACAGCCUUCACUGCUUACCAUAAAUGUAAAUUAUGUUUUUGGUGGCGACCCCUGCGCGGGAAACUUACCCGGAGUCUCUGGAGUAUCGGUGCCCCUUUUGUCUGGUGGAAAUCUAGCUGACAAUGUGCUUAACAUCAACCGAAGUCUGAACACCGCCGCCGAUUGCAGUGGUCUCCUGGCCCUGCCGCAUGCUCCUCCUCCCCUGGCCGAAGAUGCCCCGCCAGCCAUCAACUUCAAAGUAGAUGAGUUUACGCACAGCCUGCAAAUCUGCGAAUUAGAAGACUACAACGAGACCGUACAGCAGGAUCUGUUGCCUGCUCAGGAUAGCAGCUCUUCAUUCGCAGGCAGAAGCGCUAAACGGGCGCGUUACCAAAUUUUUAAGCCCAAGGUUCAAUCCACCAAUAAAUCGCGAAAGGGAUCAACGCCAGCCCGCAGCCGCUACCACAAAUUGCGCGAACGUUUACGCCAUAAACUAAGCAAGCGCUGCCAUUCGCUAAUUACAACCUACGAAUCCUACCUGCGUAGGCGCAGGGAGAAAUAUAUAGCCUGCGAGGUGGUACAGCUCGUCCACAAUCGUUUCGUGGCCCUUGAUUUGUACACUCAACUUCUAGUCGACCUGAAGAUGUUCUGUACCACCAAUACCGCUAAACCAGCAACGGCAACACAGCCAAAGAGAUCCAAGAGUGAUGACGAGGCGGCGAAGCUCAGGAAAGCCAAUCGGCAGGAGGAGAUGCUGCGCCACAUGCUUCAGCCUGAUUCCCCAGAAGAGCGCAAUCGCAAAGAUGCCAUCUUCGCGCUAAAUUUCUAUGAGAAAGUUGAGGAGGCCUUGUUAAAUGCAGAUCGUCUUGAUGAUUGCAGAAAAUUCAAUAGUCUUCUGCAGAACUUUGAUCCCAGGCAGGAGAAGGUAUCAUCUCUUUAUCUGAAAGUGGAAGAAAUUUUGCUGCCGAACCAUCCCGAGCUGGCUGAAGUAUUCCUUAACUUUCUGCUACCUGCUGAGGCCGCUGAAAUCGGCAAAUUCUUUGAGCACUUUAUGAUAAGCAAUGCUACAAACUUCAUCAAUAAACUCAACAUUUACUUUUGCAAGCAGCCCGCGCAGAUCAGAAAGAUUUAUGCAUGUCUCAGCGAAUUGGCUGAAUUGCCUAAUGUCAGCAUGAAAAAGGUUGAGAAUAAGAUAAUGCCCUUGCUCAAGGGAAACCAGUUUCUGGUCGACUGGUUUGUCCAGCAAUUUCCCCAGGGAAAGCCCCCUAAGAGAAUCCUGUCUCCUGUGGAGACCAUAAAUCUGCAUGAUGUGCAGAACAAUACUACGGGGGAAUACACAGAAACGGUUCAAGAGUUCAUGGAUGUACCUACGCCAAGUAAACCUGGUUGUCACCUAAAGUAUAUUAAUGGUCGGAUAUUUUAUGGGGCCAAGAUCCUUUUGCCUGCCAAACUUUCCUUUAUGGCUGCUAGUAUUUACAAUGAACAAUCUCACGAUGGGCCACCGGCUUCAAGUGAAUCUCUAACCUGUGCCCAUGGAAUUCGAGCACAGGGCGAGAAGCUUCUUAGUAUGGCUGCCAACGCAGAUAGCGACGAUGCUGCGGAUCGGAGUGAGGAGGAUGAUGCCAGUCGGGCUUUGGUUAUUGAUACAACAGGCGAUGAGCAGAACAGCUGCUCAUCUAUCGAGAUGUGCGAUGAGGCAGGGUUAAGAGCGCACGCCAUUCGAUUGAAUGCUAGCUUAUACAGCAAUUCUAGUUUUAGUAACGCAGCCACCAGUACGCCCAAUAUGGGCAACUCUCAUGCCCAUCAUCACCCGCACGCUAAGAAGACUGCUAUUAACUUUGGUGAAACUUCCCCACGAAAGCAAUCGGCAUUUAACAACUCAGGAUUAAGUCCCUUAUCUACCAAUUCUCCUCAUGUUGACAAACGGAAGUCACCCACCAAGAAAAUCAGAUCCCCUCUUAAUCAAUCUCAGGGCAGACAGCGUGCCAAUAAUCAACCAAUGGUAGUGAUCCAUGAGUCUCAGCCUUCAUCCUCCCCAGCUAUAGAGUGCGCGAAGCGUUUGCGCACGUUGAUUGAUCAAGAAAGUGUUCGAGAUGCGGCAGACACAAAGGCAGGCAUACGGAUUAUUGCACAGGCCAAGCAGCAGUCACAAACACCACCAAUCCUCUGCAGUUCUGCAGAUGUAACGAAAGUUGAGGUGAAUACCCUUGAGGAUAAUGUCGAGAAUAUGCCGGUUUAUACGUCCCUUAAAAUGGACUUGGAUCAAUCGGAGGAAGAGCUGGAGCCACUACAAGUGAGUGCCGGCAAUACACCGCAGCAUGUGAUCACAACGCAAUUCGAUAGCGACGAGGACUGCAAGUUAGAUGUUGUUGCCACGUUAGCCAACUGCACACCCAGCGAAGACCGAACACCUGCAGCCUCGACAUCAACUGCGAGUACAUCGCAUUCCGAGUCUAGUAGUUCCCUCUCUGCUCCCUGGACUAGGGAAGAGGAUAAAGUAAUCCUCAUUGAAAUGAAAAUGGGGGCUCGCGAUAGAGAGCAGCUAAUCCGACGUAUUGGCGCCAAGCUGAAGCAUCGUAGCAUAGGCGAACUACGAGGAAGGCAUCAGUUCCUCAUGGAUUUUCUAUCCAAACUGCAAGGAAAGUGACUUUCUUUUAUAAAAUGUGUAUUAUAUUUCUAGUAGAAAUAGGUUACAUUUAUAAACUGAAAUGUACAUAAUAUGUUUUACAAAGCAUUAUUUUCAGAAUUUAGAUAUAUACUUUAAGAUGAAAUUGACUAUUAUUAAGUUAAAACCCGUUUAAAAUAUUUAAGAUUGGAAUGAAAACCCUUUAUAUACUAUAUCCUGUGUUCGUAUUUCAAGCUUUGUUGAACUUUCAUUAUAUUAUAAUAUAAUAUUGGUUAUAUAAAA